AGAAAGAGAGAGGAAGAGAGAAAAGGGGAAAAUGUGCGAGCGGCAGAAGAGGAAAGAAGGGAAGAGAAGAGAGAAGCAAUGAGACGCGUGUGCAGGAGCUGCUGCUGCUUCUCCUGCUGCUGUUGUGGAGGAUCUGGGCUUUAAAAACACAACAGAUCUCAGCUUGGUUCUUCUUCUGAAUCCACAGAUUCCUCCAACUUCUUCACACUUCCAACAAAUUAGGGAAUUAUGUCCUGCUUUGCUGCACGGAUCCAGCCGGCGAGAUGAGGAAGAUGAUGAUGAUGAUGAUGGUCAUGAUGAUGAUGAUGAUGAUGAUGAUGAUGAUGGUCAUGAUGAUGAUGAUGAUGGUGGUGGUGGUGGUGGUGUUUGUUACUCCGAGAAGAAGAGGAAAGCAUGGGGUGUUCACCGUGCUGGAGCUUUUUCUUUGCUGCUUUCUCAGCGUCUCGGCCAAGGACACGGCCUUCGUGGAGGUGGUGCUGUUCGAGUCGAGCCCGAGCGGGGAUUACACCACCUACACCACCGGGCUUCAGGGCCGCUUCUCCCGGGCCGGAGCCACCAUCAGCGCCGAGGGAGAGAUCGUACAAAUGCAUCCUCUGGGUCUGUGUAAUAAUAAUGAUGAAGAGGAUCUAUAUGAGUAUGGCUGGGUGGGUGUGGUCAAGCUGGAGCAGCCUGAGCUCGACCCCAGCUGCCUCACCGUCCUCGGCAAGGCGAAGAGGGCGGUGCAGAGAGGAGCUACGGCCGUUAUCUUCGACGUGUCUGAAAAUCCAGACGCCAUCGAUCAACUUAACCAGCUCUCUGAAGACCCCCUCAAGAGGCCAGUGGUCUAUGUUAAAGGAGCUGAUGCUGUUAAACUGAUGAACAUAGUAAAUAAACAGAAAGUGGCACGAGCCAGAAUCCAGCAUCGGCCUCCAAGGCCCACCGAGUAUUUUGACAUGGGCAUUUUCCUGGCUUUCUUCGUUGUUGUGUCUCUGGUGUGCCUCAUCCUCCUCAUCAAAAUCAAACUGAAGCAGAGACGCAGCCAGAGCUCGAUGAACAGGAUGGCCAUUCAGGCACUGGAAAAAAUGGAGACCCGAAAGUUUAAAGCGAAGAUUAAAAGUCAGCGUGAGAGCAGCUGCGGCGCGUUGGAUUCUCUGAGCAGCAGCUCAACAUCAGACUGCGCCAUCUGCCUCGAGAAAUACAUUGAUGGAGAGGAAUUGAGAGUGAUCCCUUGUGCACAUCGUUUCCAUAAGAAGUGUGUGGAUCCGUGGCUUCUGCAGCAUCACACUUGUCCACACUGCAGGCAUAACAUCAUCGAUCAAAAGAAAGGAAACUCUGGCCCUGUGUGCAUGGACCCAGGGAACCCGGGGCUCCACAGUCGACAGCCGAGGGUAGUUCUUCCUGUUCACUACCCAGGACGAGUGCAUCGAGCUGGACAAGUGACUGCGUUUCCAACUCGUACUAGCAUGGAUCCUCACGGGAACCCAAUAACCGUAUUAACAGUGGACCAACAUCCGGAUCAGAACCUUUACCCGAUGCAGACUAAUUUCAUUCGGAGUUACCACAGUAUGAACCCUCAUCACUGCACCCUAGAGCAUCGAGCACUUCCUUACCCCCAACCAAAUGCCUUUAAACGCCCCAAAUUCCCUCGCAACUUCUCUCGUGCAGCUUGUUUUUCGCAGUACGAGACCAUGUAUCAGCACUACUACUUUCAAGGGUUGACGUUUCCCCAGCAGGAUGGACAGCCCGCAAACACCACCCACAAGGGCCACACCAGAUCUUUCCAACCUGGACUUUUGUACCCUACUUUGGUGCACAUGGCAGCACCUUCCUCUUCGCGUCUAGUGGACUCUGGAAGCACCUCAGGGCUCGGAUGUUAUCAUGGACAUGGACGAUCUGUGUGUAGCGGAUAUCUCGCGGAUUGUCCUGGCAGCGAUAGCAGCAGCAGUAGCAGCAGUUCAGGACGAUGUCAUUGCUCUUCCAGCGACUCCAUGUUGGAUUGUACGGAAGUGAGCAACCAGGGUGUUUACGGAAGCUGCUCUACUUUCCGGAGUUCUCUUAGCAGCGACUAUGACCCGUACGUCUAUCGGAGCAAAAGUCCCUGCCGUGGAGUGGCUGGAGAAUCCGGUUCAGGUUUCCCGGCGAUGUCAUCCGUUAGCGAUGACAUACUGCCUCCUGUUUCAGGAGGAUCAGACUGCAUUCCGCCUCCUGUAGGAGCAUGCUACAAUUCGGGGGACCAGCUAUCCAGUUGCAGUCUUGAGCCGAACUGCAGUAGCCACUCGUCACUGGAAACCAGGGAAAUCACUAGCACUACCUCACCCCCAGGUCUAGAGGGAACCAUGGAGCAUUGUGGUGAACAAGGGGCAGCAUGUAGCUGCUGUUUUGAGGUUCCUUCUCGAAGUGUGGAGCUUAAAGGACAGGAAGGAGCAGACAUCACGAGGGUAGGACGUUGCCGACUAGGUGCCGAGCCUCAGAACGUGUCUGUUGCUUCUGCGCAGAACUUUUACGCCACUAGCAACGAACCGAUGUCGCCCUCAGAAUGUGCUAACUACGACGGACUGCCUUGCUGCUUCUACACAGAAAUGAAAGUACACAGAGGAAGCGUUGGACGUUGUGCUGAGGAUUAUUCAGUAAACGUACACUAUGCCCAAACGGACAGUGAUGGCUGCUCGGGGCAAGGAUGCUGUAAACUUGCUCAGCGUAUACCCAUAAACCCCGAGGACACGGACUGCGAAUUGGGUCUCGUUUCCAAGCCUCAAUCGAACCUUCUAACAGAACAACAUAGAACUUCUUUAGAUACGAAUCAAAGUUUUUUCACCUCAGGACAAUUCAGAGGUCAAACGUAUCAUCAGCAACAAGAUGACGAAGCAAGAGCACUAUUUUCCACGCAGUUCAAAAUGAGCAAAUCGUCAACCGAGGACUCCGGGUUGUGAGGCAAAAAAAAAAUAGAACGAUGUCAUGAUUAAAAAGUUCAUCAGAGUUUGCACGUUUUUGGUUUUGUUUUGUUUGUUUUUUUUUCCACAAGAGUUGUGAACAGCUACCAUAUAAGCUGGGGGUGGAGCUAUCAGGGGAUGGAGUUCUCAGUCACGGCUUUUCUCAUAAAUUCAGUCAAACGAAAGUUCAUCCUCUGUUAAAAAUUCAUCUCUUGUGUCUUAAAGCGACUGAACUAGAUUUUUGGAGCUAAAAUGUGCAAAAACGAAGAUUCUCGAGUACGUCAACGUUUAGAAUAAUUUCAUUCAGAAACGCAUGACACGGUGCAAGCUAAAUCGUUAUCACUUAGAUAAAUAAAACCAAAAUGCGAGCAUUUUCAGAGGAAGCUGGGUGUGGGCUGUUUUAGGGGAACUUCUAAACAUCCAUCACUUGGUCCCAUCUCACCUCGUCCUCUCCUUUUUUCUCUCAGGGUCACUGCCUCCGUAGUACAGAAACAGACCAAGAUUAACACUUAUUUUACUUUAACAAGAUUAUUUUUUUGUUGUUGUAUUAAUAUAAGCAGGAGACUACUGAGCUGUCUGUACUAUACACCAAAGUUUAGCUAGUCUCCCACGUGCAGUUCAACAGUUUAGAUCACAAGAAAUUGUAAUGAACGGUUUAUUCAAAACUUAAUGAUUUGAGGUUGUUUUGUUUUGUUUUUUUUAAAGAAAUAUUUUGGGUGUUUGGAGCACUUGCAUUUUUUGAGUUCACAUUUAGACUGAAAAGGCCAAAGCGUAAUGGAUUAAGGAGACGCAAAUGCAGUUUUUUAUGCAUCACACAGUUUGAAAUCAUUGUUAUAAAAUGUCUUCACACUCGUGCACACACACUCUCUCACUCACACACACAUACACACACACACCUUCAUGCCUUUCUGUUUAUUUACAGAAUUUUUCACGCUGUUUCUAUGAAAUGUACCCAUAUGGCUUUCACAGGCGGACAUUUUGAAAUAACUAUUUAUACGUCGACUAUUAAAGUGCUGUAACACGAA